AUGCAGACGAUUAAGUGCGUGGUGGUGGGAGACGGCGCAGUGGGCAAGACGUGCCUGCUGAUCUCCUACACCACCAACAAGUUCCCCUCGGAGUACGUGCCCACCGUCUUCGACAACUACGCCGUCACGGUGAUGAUCGGGUCCAACCCCCACACCCUCGGGCUCUUCGACACGGCCGGCCAGGAAGACUACGACAGGCUGCGGCCCCUCAGCUACCCGCAGACGGACGUGUUCCUGGUCUGCUUCUCCGUGGUGUCCCCGUCCUCCUUCCAAAAUGUGAGGCAGAAGUGGGUCCCGGAAAUCACGCACCACUGUCCCAAGACGCCCUUCCUGCUGGUCGGGACCCAGAUUGAUCUGCGAGAGAACCCCUUCGCUCUGGAGACGCUGGCCAAGAAGAAACAGAAGCCCGUCACGGCGGAGAUCGCCGAGAAGCUCACCAGGGACCUGAAGGGCAUCAAAUACGUGGAGUGUUCAGCGCUCACCCAGAAAGGCCUGAAGAAUGUUUUUGAUGAGGCCAUAUUGGCUUCCCUGGAUCCUCCCAAACCCAAGAAGGGGCACAAGUGUGUUCUGCUCUGA